AUGCGCCCUCUGCUAAUCGAGGGCAAGGAGGAACAUCUGAAGAUGAUAAAUAAGUACAAACCAAGGCACGGAGAGAAACAUCUGCGUGUCCUGGUGUACGGUCCGGUCGGAGCUGGGAAGUCCAGCUUCAUCAACUCAGUGACCAGUGCUUUGGGUGAAACUCUAUGUAAUGAGGCUGCAGCCAACACCAGUGAUUCAGCCUCCUCACAAAGCUUCACUGUCAAGUACGAAACUCACCGCAUUUACAAAGAUGAAUUUGACUCUGAUGAGACCUACCCUUUUGUCUUCAAUGACAUAAUGGGGAUGGAGUCUGGAGCCAGUGAAGGCAUUCGUCCUGAAGACAUCAAACUGGUCAUGAAGGGACAUGUGAAGGACGGAUACACGUUCAAUCCAGUGGCUCAAAUCCAGGAGGACAAUCAAUAUUACAACCCAAACCCUAAAAUUGAUGACAAAGUGCAUGUCCUGGUCCUUAUGCUUUCUGCAAACUGCCUUGAAAUUGAUCCCUCAGUGAUCGACAAAAUGAAGGAGGUCAGGGAAACUGCCAGAGAUCUGGGAAUUCCUCAGUUAGCUAUUGGAACGCACAUCGACAAAGCCUGCCCUGAAAUAUGCAAAGACCUCAAGAACAUCUACCGGAGCAAAUAUCUGAAGACCAAGAUGGAAGAGUUCAGUAAAGCUGUGGGGAUUCCUCUGAACAACAUCAUGGGUGUGAAGAACUACAGUGAAGAAACAGACCAUGUUGACAACAUCGACACUCUCCUCCUCAUUGCUCUUAAGCACAUUAUUACUAACGGACUGGCCUUUGUCCGUAAACAAGCUCGUAAGGCUGACUCUCUUGCAGAGACCAUGGACACACUUCAUGUAAAAAAAUAAAAAACCUUUAGUCAAAAGUUAAUGUUUU